AUGUCGUACCGAAAAAUCGUGGGCACGGUUGCGGCACCGACUAACGGACGGCCCGCGUGCAUUUCAGGGAAAAAAUGGCGAGGGUUGACCCCGCAGGACAGAAGGCCGUACGUGGAGGAAGCCGAGAGGCUGAGGGUCAUACACAUGCAGGAACACCCGAACUACAAGUACAGGCCGCGGCGCAGGAAACACGCGAAGAGGGCCCCGGGGGCGCCAUCCUCCCCGCCGUCCGCGACCAACACCACGGCCAACAGGUCCAACCCCUCUGGUACCACGAUUCAUCAUUCCAUGUCCAAGAUGGACAGUUAUCAAGGCAUUCCUCAGAUCCCAUGGGGCGGCCAUUCCCCGAUCUCAUCCCUGUAUCACCAACAGCAGCAGCAAGGUAUCCAGGAGUUCAAAUCGGAGAGCAAUUCCUUGUACGGUAGUCCUUAUACGCCUAUUAUUCACACACCGGACAUAUCUCCAGUUGCCAGUCCCGAGCCAGAUGGUGAUGGAACGCAUUUGCCAUCCAAUCAAAAUCCAGAUCCUGAACGAGAUCUAAUGGAGGGUUCGACGAAGCAACACGGUGAAAUGAGCGACACGAAACGGUAUACAUUCAUGAGUGCCGAUAAUCAACUGCACACGGGUCAUGCUGGUGCUACUAGCAUAUCGUCGUGUCAGAAUUCUGGUGCUUACACAGAUACUCUGACUUACAAAAAAUCAGUGAGUUAUUUAAAUUUCGAGAGACAGCCGUCGAGCAUAGCCGCGGUGGGUAUAGCGAACGGGAUGAUGGUAUCGUGCAAUAAAUUGCGCUCCGGAUUUGAGAAUGUUGGCUCUGUGACGGGGACUUUUUAUCCACCGGUCGCAUCCCCGCACGAUCAAUCGUUGCAGCACUACACGAGCACCCAAUCCUCGAAGACUGCCAACUAUUCGAUGCAGUCCACCGUCGAGAGCAACUAUAAUCCUGUUCAGUGUGCCAAUCGACAACAGUCCAUGGGGAUUCGUGGAGCCGCUGAAGGCUGUUCUGGUGUAUCGCACCGGUACCAAAUGAGUCAUCAUCAAGAGUACCAAACGGAGGGAACGAGCGCCGGGCAACAACAUCCGAUUCUGGGUCACAUGGAGGUAGCGAUGGCAACCACCGCCGAGGACGAGCAGCAACAGACGUUACAGCUGGAGAAGUACUUCAAAUAUUCGCACUCGGCCAGCGUGGCGCACACCAGCCUCACCUCGCAGAAUCUCCUCGACAGCAAUCACAAUUACGCCAGCGAUCUGCGUUACUACACACCGCAGCAAACGCAGCUGGACAUGUCGAACUCUCAGUGUAUCGUCGACGAUCAGACGAAAGACGCUCGAUGCUCGAACGUGGCCAUAGGCCACGCGAUGGAUCAGUAUCACCAGGCUAUGGACGUGACCAAAUACCCGGAGCAUCAACAGCAGCAACAACAGCAGCAGCAACAGACUCAACAGGGCCAACAGUCGCAGAGUAUCGAGCACGUUUCCAAAGCGGACGACGAUUUCAGUGUAAUACUUGCCGACGUGCGCAAGACUUGUUACAGUAGCUAGUGUUUCGGCUAGAUCGGAGCUGUCUGUAGGGGGAUGCCGAAGAAUUUCAGCGCAGACGAUACGGUUUUUCAAUCGAUUCGAUAAUCGAAUGCCGAAGCAAGCAUUCACGUGUCUUUCUGUAUUUUCGUCGUAUGUUGAUUUUUUCUUUUUUUUUUUGUUUUUUUGCGACGAUGUUAAUACCAAACUAUAAUGAUGAAUGUAUUUAUUUUAUCAGACUGUAAAUAGAAGGAUGGA